GUAGUUUGGUUGCACUCGCAUCAGGCCUGUGUCAGUGUGUGACGGGCACCGGUGCACCCGGAGCUCAGUGUGUGUGUGCGCGCGCGCGCGCUUCCCCGGCGGCAGGGCUGGAGCUCAAACUACACCAGCGAUGUCAGACGCCGAACCUUCCGCGAAACUUUAACUCGCCAACAUGUCGGAUGUCACCAAAACCGUGCAGAGAUGGCACGCGAGUUUUAAAAAGGCCACGGACUUUGAUUCGUGGGGGCAGCUGGUGGAAGCCAUCGAUGAAUAUCAAAUAUUGGCAAGACAACUUCAGAAAGCAGUGCAGUCAACAAACUCGCACGAUUUUACAGAAGAACAAAAGAAAACCCUGGGAAAAUGUGCAACAUGCCUUGAAAUGAGAAGCGCAGCGCUGCAGAACACACCCUCUCAAGAUGACUUCAAGUUAGAAGACCUGAAACAACUGGAACCCAUCAUUAAGAAUAUUCUGACUUACAACAAAGAUUUUCCAUUUGAUGUCCAACCGGUGCCUUUGAGGAAAAUUCUGGCACCGGGAGAGGAGGAAAACCUGGAGGUCGAGGAGGAGUCGGAUGCUGGUACUGGAGCGGGUUCAACACCAUCAUUCACCUCCAGAGUGCCAGGUACUUUGUUGCCGAGGUUACCGUCAGAGCCCGGGAUGACAUUACUGACACUAACCAUAGAGAAGAUCGGUCUGAAGGACGCAGGGCAAUGCAUUGAUCCUUACAUCACCGUCAGUGUUAAAGAUGUGAACGGAAUAGAUCUGAAUCCAGUUCAGGACACGCCGGUGGCCACACAGAAGGAAGACACGUACAUUCAUUUCAGUGUGGACGUGGAAAUCCAGAAACAUGUCGAAAAACUACCCAAAGGAGCAGCUAUUUUCUUUGAAUUCAAGCACUACAAACCCAAGAAAAGAUUCACAAGCACUAAAUGUUUCGCCUUUAUGGAAAUGGACGAAAUCAAACCAGGUGCCAUUGUCAUAGAACUGUACAAGAAACCAACAGACUUCAAGAGGAAAAAACUCAACCUCCUCACCAAGAAGCCGCUGUUCCUGCAUCUUCAUCAAACGUUACACAAAGACUGAACCAAAACGGACGGGACGGGACUGACAUACAUGAACCACAAACGUGUUUUUAUCCUCUCAGAUCUUCGGCGAUGUGAUUUGGGAUGAUCAGCAUGUCAGAGAGAGACUGUUUCAAAUGGACGUUCUGGUGCAUUUAUGUUUUGUACAAAUGCUCUGUAUAAUGAUUUGUGAUGAUAAACAAUAACGCUUGGGCAACGAAACGCACUUUUAUUAUCUGACAGAUGAUGUUAUGACUGAAGCACGAAACUGGUUAAUGCUUACAACCCACAAACAUUUGUGUAACACAGAGCACUAACUGAUUCACAUGAAGGAUGCAGCUGGGAAGAACUUCAUCUGUCAAAUUAAUAAUUUGAGAAAUAUGUUCAUUUCAGUUUAAAGAAAAUAUUCUGUUCCGGUUUAAAUAACACUCACAUCAAGCCCAAUCUUUCCUUUCUAGUGAAGAUAUCAGUAUUUACAGAGAAAACAACUAAUGAAGAUAUAUUCACCCUGACCGUUUAAUGACUCGUGUUGAUGUUGACCGUCUGAAUCACACAAACUAAAGCUACAGUUCAAAAUCAAAGUGUUGCGUUUCUAUGAAAAUUUUAUACGUGUUGUUCGAUAAAAAGAUUUCUGUCUUGUGUGGGUUGUUAUAUUGCUUUUCAUGUCUCAUUUCUAAUAAAAGACAAUGCUGCGUGA